AUGGAAUUUUUCGUCGAGAUGGACCACAGGGAGGCUUUCCUGGCGCUUGCGAGACGGGGCAACAUUUCAAAAGAGGAUCUGGCCGAGGGGCUGGAUGAUUCGGGCUACAGGGCCGAUCAGGAAGCCGGCGACGACGACAACGAUAGCGAUGAUGAGAGCGUUGACUCUUUAGACUCGACGCCGCGGGGGUCUGCCUGCGGAAGCGACGCGAGCAAGGAUUACACGAACGAAACAGAGCAAGGGACCACAGAUGGGGUGUCGGCCUUGAACGGGCUGAAGGUUAACACGUUACUACAAGAACACGAGUCGGAUCUUGAGUCGGCCGGAAACGCAAGCACCCUCUGCUCCGCUCGAGAGUCAUACAGCGAGGGGUCUACAACAGAGCAGUCCGACGUGAUCGGCCCCGAUGAUGAGUUUUGGAGCAACUGGCUGUCGUCCGACGGGCCGAAGAUCAAUGACCUCAGCGAUAACGACGAUUGGGCCAGCCCCACGGAGGCUUCCGACAAUCAUGAUGAGUGGGAUAGUGACAUUGCGGACCGCUUUUUGGAGCAACCGGUUAACAGCGACCCCAUCCGCGGGAGGCUUUUGCAACGUGUUCAAAAAUGUUUGAACAGUGAAGAGAAAGCAGAGAAGAACGCUAACUUAGCUGACGAGGUCUUGGCCGAGUACGACAGGUGUCCGGACGGCACGACAGCAGAUGAGCGUGUCCGAAGAGCUAUCAUCCGUGGGCAGUUCCAUGAGAUGGUUAUGAAUACGGAAGAGAUCAGCGAUGAAAGCCUCAGUAAGGAUACGGAUGGCAACGUCGUUCUCAAAGAAAAGCUCUUGACAGAAGCUGUCAUAAUGAACACUUAG